AUGGCAGGUAAUCGCGGUUCCACUCGGGGAAGGACUAACAAUGUUGAAGAGGAUCUUAUCACAACAAUUGGGGGAUUGGCCACGUUCGUCCAGAACAUGAGCCAAGAAUGGCAAGAACAUCGUCAACAGAACCAGAAUCAACCCCCGCUGCAUGACCAUGCAGAGGAGAUUGCCCGACGGAGGUUGAAGGACUUCCGUAACUUUCAACCACCUAUCUUUGAAGGUGGAGACCACCCUGAGGCUGCAGCAAACUGGCUGCAGAUGAUCGAACAUAUCUUCGAACGGAUGGGAUGCCCGGAGGCUCAGAAGCCGGACUAUGCCUCCUAUCAGUUGACGGGAGAAGCAUUGACAUGGUGGACUGGCGCGAGAGCUCUGCUGCGAGCUCAGAAUACUGAAGUGACCUGGGCUGUGUUCAGGAGGGUAUUCUUGGACAAGUACUUUCCAAAAGCAAUGCGAAGAAUGAAACACACAGAGCUACUGUCUUUGAGGCAAGGGAACAUGACUAUCAAUGAAUACAUUGCAAAGUUUGCACAACUGAUGGAAUAUGCCAAUUUUGACCGUAACAUCUAUGAUGAGGAGUGGCAAGUGGAGAAGUUUGAGAGUGGAUUGCAUCCCGAGAUCAGAAAGCUCAUGUUGACCACGGCUAUCCGUACUCUGCCCGAAAUCAUUAAUCAGAGUCGGCAGGCAGAAGGCAUUAUCAUGGAAGCAAGAAAUUUGAAUAGACAACCGGUGCAACAGCAGGGAGGAAACAGAGGGGGCAGAUUCUUCAAGAAGAACACGGGAAUGAACAAGGGAAAGGGUUCACAGAUGCAAGCUCGGAAUGGUAAUUUCAAGAGAAAUACUGCACCCGGUCAGUCAUCAGCAGGACGUCAGGGUCCCAGUGCAUGUUCUAAUUGUGGGAAAAAUCAUGCUGGAGUCUGUUUACAGGGAAGCAACACAUGCUACAGAUAUGGUCAACCUGGACAUUUCGCUUCUAAAUGUCAAAACUAUGCAAGUCAGCAACCUACUCAGGCCAGAGUGUUCACCCUCGAUGCUAAUGAGGCGCAGAAAUAUCCGAAUCUUAUUCGAGGUAACAUAAUCCUUAACGGUUAUCCAAUUUCUGCUAUUUUUGAUUCUGGAGCAUCUGGUUCGUUUAUGGCAAAACAUAUAGCUAUGAAGGUAUAA